AGUCCUCUCUCGGGCAGCUUGGCCUUCUACCAGACACACCUCCUGAGUGGGCCGUCAACGCUGCAAGCGCUCACGAUGGUUUUCUUAUUGGGACGAAUGACUGGAUCUGCACUUUUGGCGCUGUGUGCACUCUGGGAAAGUGUGAUCAGAGGGGAAUGCGUGGACGCUAGGAGCAGCAACGAAUUUUGGCGACUACGGAACGACCUUCUGGAGAAGGGUUACGACCCCGGAACUAGACCUGCCACCCACGCGAACGAUACGACGCAGGUGGUUGUAAGUUUCGGCAUGGUCGACGGUCCUUACCUGUAUCCAGACAGAGAGCUGUUCUACGCAGAUAUCGGUAUAUGCUUGACUUGGAGGGAUCAUCGACUCAAGUGGAACGAAACAGAGUAUGGAGGGCAAAAGGUGAUCAGCCUAAAGGCGGACGACAUUUGGAGACCGGAAUUGUACAUGAUGUCGUCUUGGUCUGACGUCUACUCCAGCGUUCUCAGAGACGUCUUCCUGCACGUGGAAGCCGGAGGAAUUGUUGAAAUGUGCUCGGCAGCGUCCGUGCAAACGUUUUGCAACGCCGACAUGACGCACUUCCCCAUGGACCGCCACGAAUGCGUGGUGGAGUACUGCGCCAUACUGGACACGGCGAAGAACGUCAAUCUCACCGUCGGGGAUGUGAGCAGCGAGGCGAACGAAGACUCGGAGUUUCUGCUCGUCUCCGUCACGUCCAAAAGUGUGAUCAACGAAUUCGAGGAGUACGGCAGUUAUUCAUCGGUGGUGUACCGCUUCGUCCUGGAGAGACGCAACCUGUUCCAGCACUUCACGCUCCUCAUUCCCACCGUAGGCGUGGUGGUGCUAAGCCUACUCACACUCUGGCUGCCGCCAUCGUCGGACAGGCGUUUCGCCGUCUCCGGCGCCACCUUCCUGGUGUCGUUGCUGCUGCUGUACCGGGCUGAUGACGUAGCAGCGGGGUCCACGCAAGUGCCAAAGAUCACCAUUGUGCUGAGUACCAACGUGUUGAUCAACGCGCUGACCAUCGUCGCCACCGUCGUCAACAUGAACCUUGUCAGAUUCCUACCACGGGUCCGGACACUACACCCGAUUGUCGGCAAGGUCGUGAGUUUGAUCGCCACUGGUGUGCCCUUGGUGUGCCCUGGACCGAAAGCCUCUUCCGAAAGCACCGCGACUGCCGCGGGCGACGUAGCACGCACUGUGACCAGGGCACUUGACCGCGUAUUCUUCGUGGCCUGUUUAAUUACGUUCACAGCUAUCGUAGCAGUGUAGUAAAAAAGGGCCUUCAAGAAUUUUUUUUGUGGACGUUAAUUAAUAGUGAAACGACUUAAAUUUCCGUUCAAUAAUUUCCUUUGACGCCGUAACGAUUUUCCCGAUAUUAAACCAGCAGGCACAGUGAUCUGCGGCCUCAAAAG